AUGGGUGAUAACUCAACGGCGAAGCGGCUGAGGAGACGUUGGCCAAUAUUAAUUAUUUGCUGCGGUCUUUGUCUUUUCGUUCCUGUUGCAAUAGUUGUCGUAGCCAGUUUAAUUCCAACAUACUUGUCACGAAGUGAUUUCGCUACCCGCAAUACCGGUCUAUUCAAUAUUCCUCUCGACGUCUCGUACAGUACCAAUGUUAAAAGUACGGAUGUUUCACAAGGUCCUGGCGUGACAGAUCUGACUACUAAAUUGAUGCAACAAUACCCAAGUGCUACUAUCGAAACCAUCAAGACUCUGUUCAUUGCAUCAGUGUCAACAAGUGCCAGUAAGAAACGAAGAAAUACAGUCACAAAAAUGCAAGAGUGUACGACAUAUCCAGGCACAUCAGGCGAUUUUCUUUAUAUUUCAUUCGUCAUUAAGCGUCGAAACGCAUGUGUGUCGAACGGUUGUCUGAAGGCGUUUAAUGAAACGUUACAAAAAAUCAGCACCGCUUUACGUUUAAAUACGGCACUACUCUUGACAAUGGCCAAUGGUUCGACAGUGACUGCGCAAGUGGCCUUCUGUUCCUUUAACCAAGUUCAGCUUACUACGCCUAUUUCGACCAAUACAACGACACCAACGACAGUGAAAAUAUCAAAUGCUCCUGCUGUGACAGCAGGACAGACCGUGACAACGUCCACAAUAACGACAACUACAACUUUGGCUCUUUGUCAGAACGGCGUACAAGAUACAGGCGAAACUGAUAUUGACUGCGGCGGUAGUACAACUGGUUGUUCCAAAUGUGCUGACACCAAAAACUGUCUGGUUGGCAGCGAUUGCGUUAAUAACAAGUGCUCAGCUAACAAAUGUGUUCCUCUCUGUCAGAACGGCGUACAAGAUACAGGUGAAACUGAUGUUGACUGCGGCGGUAGUACAACUGGUUGUUCCAAAUGUGCCGACACUAAAAGCUGUCUGGUUGACAGCGACUGCGUUAAUAACAAGUGCCCAUCUAACAAAUGUGUUCAAUGUGUAACGGAUGGUGACUGCACUGGUGGUCAAACAUGCCAGGCAAAUGUGUGUGCCGCUCCUUCGUGCUUUUGUGGUGAUCAAAAUGUUAUGUUACACGACGGAACAGCACGAUCGAUGGACAAACUACAACCAGGCGAUCUCGUUUGGACAUUGUCGGAUGAUGGCAAAAUGUUUUCUCUUACAGAAGUUAUGAUUAUCUCUCACCGGGAAGAGAACCUCACAGCUAUUUUCUAUACCGUGGAAACGAUAACUGGUCAUCGAAUAAGUUUAUCAAAUAUACACUACAUUCGAGUUCAAUAUUUUGGCUACUUAACACCACAAGAACUAACAUUAAAUCAUUCGGUGUAUGUUGCGAAUAUUGGUCCAGUUCGUAUUCGAUCGAUUACAAUCGAACUCAAACUGGGUGCAUACAAUCCUCUUACACUUAGUGGAACCAUCUUAGUCAACAAUAUUUUAGCUUCUGUUUACAGUAAAAAUAAACUGAAAGGUACACACUAUACCAAACAUCGAAUAUUUGCGCCCUACCGAUGGUGGUAUUCUUUUGCUAAAUAUUACCUUGGCUUUGAAAAUGUUUAUGAAACGCCCUCAAACGGAAACAAUCGGUUCCUGCGUUCCAUGACUCAUGAAUAUGGCCAUGUUGUCUAUUUGAUUUAUCAAAUCACACAGGCAUUCGGGAUCAUACUAUUGGUUACAGUUAUUAUGCAUAUUAUUCCUCGAAUGGCUGCAUUGAAACAUGUUCCGUUGUUUCGUUAA